AUGCAUUUUCGUCAUCCAUCCAUCCAUCCAUCCAUCCAUUCAUGCUAUGACGGUCGCGACUCGGUAAAGUGUCCUUCCUGCCUGUACCCAUACCUGUCUGUACCUGCACCUGCACCUGCACCUGCACCUGCACCUGCACCUGCACCUGCACCUGCACCUGCUCCUGCACCUGCUCCUGCACCUGUCCACUCCGGCCUGUGUCAGCCAAGUGAACCUCCCAAACCUUCAAAGGACCACCACCGUUCAGACUUGCUCCGCUCCGGUAGGGACAUCGCGUUGUGUAACUGCGGUCUGAUCGAUCUGGAAGAGGUUCUCGAACUCUCAAAGAGCAUCCGCCCGGGCGUUCCCCCUGCCUGCUCUCCUCGACCAUCCCCACCACCACCACCACAAGUGACCCGCGUCACGUUCGACUCCGUCAUGGUACUCGGUACGGAGCUUCAACUCCCCACCGAACAAGAACAAGACUAA